UCCUUCCCUCGGCAGCGUUCCUCUCCCAGCCCAGGAUCUCGUUCAGCUUCUCCCAGGCGGCAGGGGGGUACAAGGGGGCCGUGACCUGCUGGACCUCCACAGGGAGUCCGCCCGCGUCCUUCAGCCUCUCCCUGGACGGAGAGGAGGUGGCCUCCCACAACGCCACCGCCUCCAUGACGGUGACCUUCCCCGUCGCCAUGGAACCUGCGCAGGACAUGGUCGCUGCCCGGUGCCGGGUGAAGACCGACGUCCAGGACCUUUGGAGCGAGACGCAACCUCUGGUCGUAGUCCCGGUCGGCGGCCAUGUUGAGCUGGAGGUGGAGUAUCUCUACGGGGCAGACUCUAAGAUGGCCGCCGCCCAGCUGCACUGCCGCCCCGGCCGGGGAACCUUCCCCUCGUUCUCCUGGCUGCUGAACGGCGCCGGCCUCCCCGCUGACCUCCUUCCGGCGCCUCCUCUCCAUGACGCCGCCCCCCGCUACGGCCUGGUGGACGGGGGGCGGUCCCUCUUCCUCACCGGGGUGGCCCCCGGGGGGGGCGGGUCCUACCGCUGUCGGGUGAGGGACAGCUUCGAUGACUCCGCCCCCUGGUUCGAGAGUCCGGCCGUGCUGGUCAGACUGACAGCGGCCGCUCUGACCACCAUCGAGAUCAUCAGCAUCUCGUUCUGCUGCUUCCUGCUGCUGGUCUUAGUGGCGGGGGGGGUGUUUGUGAUGCUGAGGCUUGGGGACCGCCGACGGGCGACCAGCCGGCGCCCCUCUACCACACACUCAGGUCCCCGUCUGCCAGCAGCCUUGCCUUCCCUGACCGCUCAGAGAACCAGAGCUGGAGUCGGCUAUGAUGCCCACAGACAGACUCUGCAGUUGAUCCCAGUUCAAUAAGACCAGUAUCAUGAGCCACCACAACCAGUUCAUGAAGACACACCAGUACCAUGGACCAGUACCAUUACCACAAACCACCACAACCAGUUCAUUAAGACGCACCAGUACCAUGGACCAGUACCAGUACCACAAACCACCACAACCAGUCCAUUAAGACGCACCCGUACCAUGGACCAGUACCACAAACCACCACAACCAGUUCAUUAAGACGCACCAGUACCAUGGACCAGUACCGUGCACCACCACCUCGCCCCCCCCCCCCUCUUUAUCAGAAUGUGUUUAAACUCAAGUCUUGGUUUUGUAGCAAAAUUACAUUUCUUAAAGCAGCAGUAGGCCUACAGUA